AUGAGCAGCCGGGAGGGAAGCGAGCCAAAACUCAAAAACCCACUAGACGACUUGGUCCACAUUGCCAGCAACAUGUCGCGAGACCUUGGACAUCCAAACCUCGUUAAAGAAGAGAACCAGUCCCCCAUGACUCAUCCCCGUGCGCUUUCAUCCGGGGCCCAUUCACGGCCAUAUCUGCCAAACGAAUACAUAACAACGCAGGGAGGAGCCACUACAAACCAGUCUCCCAUGUCGUAUUCCAACUCGGCUACACCGCCAUUGGUGUCGAGCCCGUCAAACAAGCCGCAGAAGAGCAAACGCAUGGCAUGCGUCGAGUGUCGCCAGCAGAAAUCGCGAUGCGAUGCACACGAGCGGUACCCCGACUCGUGCACGAGAUGCUCGAAAAAGGGACUUGCGUGCGACUUGAAGUCCGACUAUAAGCGAACGUACAAGAGAGCCCGAAUUGCUCAAAUCGAGAAGGAGUUUUUGGAGUUGAAGAAAUCCUUGACGUCUGCACAAGCGGCUGAACUCUCAGCGAGAUACCCUUCUCUAGUGGAAAAUGUCGACGAAAACGAAGCACCACCACCAGAACAGAAAAAUUCACUGCCCCUGCACAAUACAGCACCAUACAAGCCUACCAGCAGCUUUCGCGUUUUGAAAGCAAAGGACGAGAAGAUGGCUGCGAAUGAUACGCACGAAAAAUAUUCGGAUUCAAGAGUCAACAAUGAACAUCGGGGAGGGGGCGACGGCGAGGCUUUCAAUUCAGGACCAUCGUCUAAAUAUAUGCUGAUACCCCGGGACUUGCACAUUCUAGACCAGGAACUGAUAUUGCAGACUUUUAAUGUAACCGAGCAAGUGUUAAUUUGCGACGAAAAGACUGUCGAUUCAAUCAGCAUCUCGCCACAAAAGAUCAAGCUGCUCUUUGUUGAGUACGUAACGCGAUACCACCCGAUUCUUCCAGUGGUUGACGUUUCAAAAGGACCAGCAAGAAUCUACAGACUCUGCCCUGCGUUAUUUUGGGUCAUCAUAUUUGUAUCGCUACGAAGAUCAAACGAAGACCCCUCGAGGUCUUUGUUGAUCCAGCUUUCCCCCAUAGUCAAGGGCAUUCUAGCGGAGAUUAUGAUUUCACCAAUUACCCGUUACAAUCCUUCGGAAGAGGAAGAACCGAUUCUCAAUGUCAGUUCCGUCUACUCGGUACAGGCAUUCUUAUUAUAUUCGUUUUGGCCUCCCAUCACGUCCUCAUUGAGCGCCGAUUCCUCCUACGCUACUGUCAACACUGGGUUUUUCCAGGCCAUGAGGAUAGGUUUGCACGCUCCGUCGUCGUUUAUCGAGGACUCGGAAUCCGGUAUAGAGGCCAAGACAGCCUCAAAGACGCUGACGCUGCUACAGGCCCCGAUGAUCCAAGAGCAAAUCAAAACAUGGAUCGUUUCAAACGUAGCGUCUCAAUAUAUUGCAACGGCAUUUGGGUUCCCCGCGUGCGUUCAGUUUGAUUCAUCGAUAUGGUACUAUAGCCGGCCCGACAGCGAAAUAAGCAUCCAAGAAAAUGUCAAGGUCAUGCUCGAAAUUGCCCAGUUUGAAGACCAGAUGGCCAAAUCGUUGAACUCAAAUCCAGUUGACCCGUGCGGCUUGGCAGAUGCCAGCGAGAGAGUCUCGCUAUUGAAGUUGCUCACGAAGCGGUUGGAUGAAGUAGAGGACAGGGUGCGCAACUCAUCCAUCAGGCAUUCGCUCCUGUUUCGUAUAUUUGAGGUGUUGUCGACCAGAAUCCACCUCUUUAGCUACUACUUUAUGGACUCGACCAAACUUCCACCGUUUGAAUUGAAGAAAGGGUUGAUAAAGUUGUACAAUGCCGCAAACGCUCUCGUGGAGUUCACCAAACAGUGUCAGGCGCGGGACAAAAAGUAUGUCAAGUAUCUUCCCGGUGUUUAUCUUUUAAACUUGUGGCAAGCUGCGUGCAUUAUUGGUAAGCUCGUCCACUCCGACUUGAAGGAUUUCAUCGACGUCUCCGCUGGAAGAAGGAAUUUUGAAGCGGUGGUUUCGCUAACGGCGAAAGGCUCGAUUUUAAAGCAUGACAUGGCUUUUAGAUCAAGCGGCAUCACUCGGUCGAUGUGGCCGUUGUUCAAGUCCUUGGACGAGGAAAAGAUGAACUCGCUUGGAGUCAGUGUUCGCAAUAGGAUGUCGGCUUCUGUGUUUUUCGACUGCUUGAACUUGGUGAGAAAACAAGUUGGGAUGACAAAGUUGAAUAGAAAGACAGACGUGGCCGGGGCCGAGACCGACGCCUUGGCCGCGGUUGACACCAGUGCACAGGCUGGACACGACCACGACCAUGAGCAUGAACAUGGACACGAAAAUGAGCACGAUCACAAUCAGCAUGAAAAUGGGCACGAACAUGAACAUUCGCAGUCAGAGGCCGAAGAGGAUUCCGUCGCAGUGGCAACGGGGACCGGUGCAGACGUUGAUGUCGCUGGCUCGGCUCAACUGAAGAAGUCAAAUCGAUCAUUUUCAAACAGCGACAACGCGGAGCUACGGGCGAGACAAAUCAUCAGAACCAUCCCCUUGGACCCAGAGCCCAUCUCGGCAGAAAGUUCCAAGCGCAGCAGCAUAUUCAAAAUUGUAAACUCGUCCGCCGACUCGUCCCCUUUGGCCAAAUCCGACGCCGGCUCACCUGGUGUUGGUGUUGUAAGCAACUUCAAGAAGCCCCACCGAAGCAUCGAGGCAGGCUCGAUAGUCGAACAGCAUGCCUCGAGGCCGAGACAGUUGGUUAACUCGGAUAGCGUCGCAGGGGCACAUAAUAUGGGCCACUUGGCCUACACCGUGCCCCAGCAAGUGCCCAAUGACACCAUUUUACCAGUAGCGGGCGUACCCCAUGUACAACAUUCACCACACGUACCACACGUAUCACAAGCAACGCAACUACAACACGUACCACACGCACCACCACAUGUACCACGCGCACCACAUGCACCACAAUAUCUUCCCCAGAAUACUACGUCUCAACAUCACCAACAACAACAACCUUAUUCAAACCAAUCCUUCAAUGACUCUCCCGCACAGCUGGGAUACGAGAGCUUAGAUCUAGAUGGAUUUGACAGCGAGCUAUUAUGGCGCGAUGUGGACAGCGUGAUGCACGAAUUUGGGUUCCAUCUUGGUUGA